AUGUUCCGCCCUGCGCUCGCGUGCCUCCUCCUGGCGGCGUCCAACGCCGUGUCCACGCACGGCGGCGCGGCCCGCGCGGGCCUGGCGGCAGGCCAGAACGCCAACCCGAUCCGCAGGGUGGUCACGCUCCUGCAGAAGAUGCAGAAGCAGGUGGCCGAGGAGGGGAAGACCGAGGAGGAGCUGUACAAGAAGUUCAUGUGCUACUGCUCCACAGGUAAGGGCCAGCUGAGCACGUCCAUUUCCACAGCUGACGAGAAGAUCACCAAGGUGACAUCCAUGCUCGAAGAGGGGGAGUCGAAGAAGGCCCAGCUUGAUUCGGACAUCAAGAAGGCGAAGGCCGACCGCGCUGAGGGCAAGACGGCCCUGGCGACUGCCACCUCGCUCCGGGCCAAGGCGGCCACCGCGUACGCGAAGGAGUCUUCAGAUUUUCAGACUGACCUCUCCGCCCUCACCGCCGCCAUCAAGGCCAUCGAGACUGGUAUGGCCGGCAGCUUCCUGCAGACGCAGGCCGGCAGCGUGCUGCGCCGCCUCGCCGUGGACGUUGACAUGUCUGCGCCCGACCGCGACAUGCUCACCGCCUUCCUCGCGCAGGGGCAGGGCUAUGUGCCCAAGAGCGGGCAGAUUGUCGGGAUCCUGAAGGAGAUGAAGGACACCAUGGGCAAGGACCUUGGGGAUCUCACCGCUGCAGAAGAGAAGGCCAUCAAGGACUACGAGGCCCUGAGCGCCGCGAAGACGGCCGAGAUCGAGGCGCUCACCACCGAGAUCGAGUCAAAGUUGCAAGCCUCGGGCGAGCUCGCCGUGGACCCGCGGAUCGUCGACAUGAAGGAGGACCUGGACGACACGGGCAAGGCCCUGCUGGAGGACAAGAAGUUCCUGGCCGAGCUCGAGAGGGGCUGCGCAACGAAGACGGCCGAGUGGGAGGAGCGCUCGAAGACCCGCACCGACGAGCUCCUGGCCCUGGCGGAGACCAUCAAGAUCCUCAACGACGACGACGCCCUGGAAUCCAACCCUGCCCACGCCGGCGCUCGUGCAGCUGGAGGUGACGAACAGGCAGGCGCAGACGGCGGCCCUGAAGGCCCUGGUCAACGUCAAGGCCCAGGAUCCCCGCGUGGCGCUCAUCUCCCUCGCGCUCCGCGGAGGGGCGAAGAGCUUCGACAAGGUCAUCAAGAUGAUAUGGUGGUGCUCCUCGGCGAGGAGCAGGCGGGUGACGACAAGAAGAAGGCCUACUGCGAGAAGUCCCUCGACGAGUCCGAGGACGACAAGAAGGUGCUGGAGAACACGGUCGGCGACCUGGAAAAGAGCAUCGCCACCACCGAGGAGAGCAUCUCCACGCUGGCCGAGGCGACUCCGCGCCAGCCCCGGGCAGGGAGAUGGAGGGACGGCUACAGUGAGCGGCUUGAAUAA